CUAGAAUACAAGAAACUUUCUUUACCGAAUGGCUGUUUGAGAAGGUGAAGAAGUAUCCGAUACAGUCGAAGAAAAUCUGUUUGAAUCGAGGUGAAUAAGAAUAAGAAAUCGUUUAAAACAUGACGGAGGGACUUUACUUAAAAGGAACUUUACGAGGACACAAUGGAUGGGUUACUCAAAUUGCAACUAAUCCAAAAUAUCCGGAAAUGAUACUGUCAUCGUCCAGGGACAAAACCCUUAUUAUGUGGAAACUGACUCGGGAUGAUACAAACUAUGGUAUUCCACAGAAAAGACUCAAAGGCCAUGGCCAUUUUGUUACUGAUGUGGUCAUGUCUUCAGAUGGGCAGUAUGCACUGUCUUGUUCAUGGGACACAACCCUACGUCUGUGGGACUUAUCUGUGGGGAAUACCACCCGCCGAUUUGAAGAUCAUACUAAAGAUGUUCUGAGUGUGGCUUUUUCUUCUGAUAACCGUCAGAUAGUGUCUGGUUCUCGUGACAAGACCAUCAAAUUGUGGAAUACUUUGGCUCAAUGCAAGUAUACUAUUCAGGAGGAUGGCCAUAGUGACUGGGUGUCUUGUGUGAGAUUUUCUCCAAACAACAGCAAUCCAAUAAUUGUAUCCUGUGGCUGGGAUAAGUAUGUGAAGGUGUGGAACCUGACUAACUGCCGACUGAAGACCAAUCACAUUGGUCACACUGGCUACCUGAAUACUGUGACAGUUUCUCCUGAUGGUUCACUGUGUGCCUCAGGUGGUAAGGACUGUAAAGCUAUGUUGUGGGACCUAAAUGAAGGAAAACAUCUCUACACCCUAGACCAUACUGACAUCAUCAACAGCUUAUGUUUCAGUCCAAACAGAUACUGGUUGUGUGUGGCAACUGGCCCCAGCACCAAAAUCUGGGAUCUGGAAGGUAAGAACAUGGUAGAUGAACUGCGACCUGAAGUGAUCACAACAAGCUCCAAAGCAGAGCCUCCUCAGUGUAUUUCUAUGGCAUGGUCUGCUGAUGGUCAAACACUCUUUGCUGGUUAUACAGAUAACUUGAUUCGCGUUUGGCAAGUGUCAAUUGCUUCACGUUAAGAAAAACCUUUGGUUAAAAUUGAGAGUGUAAUUCCAAGAUGUUUUGAAAGUUAAAUAAAUAAAACAUGAAGAGCUGAA